ACCAACCAGCCCUUGCACCAGGUCAAUGCAGGCACAGGACCCUCCGGCUGACGGCGCGGUGCCGGACGGAGUGCGUGUGCAAGACAUACGCGCCCAGGAGGCUGACCAUGCCGAGGUUGUUCUGCAGGUGCCGAACCAGCAGCGCCUUCCCCACCGGUUCAAGAGGAAGCUGGUCGUGUGCCUCAUGUUCCUGGCCAUUGUCGCAGCCGCCACGCUCACGCUGCACUCGUUCCCCGAGCGCGCGGAGCACACCGCGCAUCACGCCGGCUCCUCCGACUCGGCAACCACGCCGCAGACCGCGAGUAACGCCGAGCGUCACACCCACGCCGCCGUCGUUCCCGGUGCCGGUGCUGUGGUCGCGGCGGACAAUGCUCCCGAGUCCGACGUGGUCACGCAGGGCCCCUUCGAGUGGCCUCCACUUCUACAGCCUCUCUGAGUGACCAGCUGCGCGAACAGCCUCUCUUCGUGCACGAUGUGUCGUUACUUGUUCUGCUUCCGUGGCCUUCACACCUCCGGUUUAAGUCUGUGGCUGUCUCGAAUUUCUGUGUGUUAUUGUCUUGGGUAUUAUUCCUAAAGAGCCGGUGAUUGCCACCCAAGUAACUGCCGUGGCUAAUCGUUCGAUGAAAGGUCGGAAAGAAAGUAUUUGAGGAAUCGU